AUGGAUGCACUAUUAAAACCUGUGAUAGAUAAUUACUCUAAGUAUUACAUAGAUAAGCAAAAGUCUCCAAGUUACGUUCAGAUGUAUACUAAAGAUGCUAAAGAAAUUAUAUUAGUUUAUAACAAGGUAAAACAAAGCUCUAAUAUGACAGAAAAUUUCGUGAAAAAUAACAGGAAUGAGACUGAGGAGCUGGAACUAACAGGAUCUCCACUGAAGCUGGAUUUAAGUUUGCAUACAAUAUUAGAUGAUACAAUGAUAUCAGAUGAACCUCAACUGUACAGUAAAGAGGAAAUCAUGCAUGGGCCUAUCAGCAUUGAAAUUGCAAGGAAAAUAGCAAAUCUCUACAACAAAAAUCGUGACAAAGUAUUACCAGAGGAUGCAGUGCCGAUGUGGAUUUUGAUCAAUCCCAUAGAAGUCAGCAAACCAUUACUCCUAACUGUGCAGUCGGAUCAGAACCAUUUUGCAAGAGGUUUAGUCACGUAUGUUGAAACUCUAAACUUGGAUGAUGUUGAUUUGGAUCAGCUGCUUGAGGAUUAUGCUAAUCAGGAAGAACUAAGUGCAAAUUUAGUGAGCAGCAUAGUGGACUGUAUAUACUUGAUAUCGGGCAUAUCAUACGGCUCCCAUUCUUCAGAUGAACUCGUCAAUGCCCCACACAAUGGUCUCACAGAGCUGAAAUGUGAAUGGACUAACAAGACUUUACAUACGCCAUUUAUAAGCUGUAAAGUUCAUUUGGAGCAAGAAGUUAUUGUCGGCCACCUAGCAACUCCAACCAAUGCUAUUUGGAAGUCAGUAUGUGCAUUACACAAUUUGAACCAGCUACUCGUCGACAUGACGGCCGCAGGAUACUCGUCUGUCAACUUAGAAACUGCUGUAGUUAGGCACAAUGUCCCAGGUUCGAGGCAGCCGAACAACGAGAAGCGUAUCAACGAACUCUUGAACGAGACAGAAACGUACGCAUACACAGCGGAAUGUCCCGCCGGCGGGUGUAUCUGCAUCUCUGAGGAGACCAGCCGGUUGGGGCAGUGUCUGAGUGAAAUGAACGCUAUGGGUUCUAGCAAUGAUUUUACGUAUAAACUGUGGGACAUAUUGAGAGAUUGCGUCACAGCAGAAGAAUUAGUAACAUUAUUGAUACAAGCGCUCAAAUUUAUAUCGUCAGGCAAAAUACGACCAUUUAUAGACGCCAACAAUAAAACAUAUCUGUCCAAAUUAGUGUUAAAACUAUCUCGAGGCCACUCCCAAGCGUCGAAGGUACUAAAAAACUUACGAGCCAGUCCUCCACAAGCAUUGUCGUUGAUAGCCCAAGUUGGAAUUGAGAAGACUAUGUGGGAAUAUACGAAGGUCAUGUCUCUGUUAGAGCAUUCGUUCUUCAUUGCUGGUAUUUGGACCAAUGAAGCCAGAACGCACGAGUCAAUAGAACAAAUAAACCAAACUAUCCAAGACAUGACUAUGAGCGGUGGGGACUUCACACUCAAUCCGUUUGAGUCUCUCACAAGCGCCGAACACUCCAUACGGUUAGACUGCGAGUCAUUCUACGAAGAGGAUUGCCAUGAAUUGACCGUUGAUGAUUUCGCUUCUCUGAAGAAACAUGGGCUUGUUACUGAGAAGAAGGAUGUUAAUGAGGUGCCGUUAAUAAACGAUGAGAUUGACAUAAGCCCGUGGAAAAACCUGCUGAUGAAAUUCGCACAAGUACAUGUAUGCCUGGAGCAUUUGUAUCGCGCUGAAAAUUGUUUAAGGCUUGAUUUUGCCAGCCUUAAGCCAAUAGUGUCUCGAUUGUUAGAACAUUACGUGUCGGAGAAAUCGCCUAUACGAACAGUAGGACAAUUGAUGAGCGAUCCUCUACAAAAGAUCAGCAUGCCUAUUGCUAACAACAUAGUGCAGGAUCAUUUGAAGAAACCCGCUUACUGGUAUCGCGUGGAGAUGACCAGGACAGAGAAGGCAGCUGAUAAAGGUAUUCAGAGGGAUUCUAGAAUGGUCUACGUUUUCUCUCAACAACCAGUGCUCCCGCCAUCUGUUUGGCAAAAUAUAGACCCUCCGACAGAAGAAAUUGGUGAUAUUGCAGAAGUGACAACAAUGGGUGAAGAAUUAAAAUAUCACGUCACAAAGUAUACAUUCGUUAGGAAUAAGCUGUUAAACAGGCUGCCAUUUUAA